AUGGCAAUGCCCCAGAAUUCAACUGGAGAAAAUGGCUUUUGUUUUGCUCAGACACUCGACUUCUCCCGCCCGUCUCCUUCUCCCAGCCACACCUUUGAGCCCCCGAGCAGGCAGGAGGUGUGUGGCACCCUGCUGAGGAAUGGCACCACGUCCUCCAGCGUGCCCAGCCCCUCCAGCUCCAGCGCUGAGCCCCUCUGCUCCACCAGCCCGGCAGAGGAGGACACCCAGUUCAGCCAAGGGAUUAAAUAUGUGUCGGCCGAAGGGGAGGACCUGGUGUGUGGCUGGGGGGGGUUCACCCCUGGGUGCUUACAGCUCUUUAACAAUUCUAAGGGCAUCUUGUUCUUCCUCUGCGUGGCCUCCUUCCUGCAAGGGAUGACGGUGAACGGCUUCAUCAACACGGUCAUCACCUCCAUCGAGCGGCGCUUCGACCUCCGCAGCUACCAGAGCGGGCUGAUCGCCAGCUCCUACGACAUCGCUGCCUGCAUCUGCCUGACCUUCGUUAGCUACUUUGGGGGCAACGGCCACAAGCCACGGUGGCUGGGUUGGGGUGUGCUGGUCAUGGGCUUGGGCUCCCUGCUCUUCGCCUUGCCCCACUUCACCACGGGACAGUACGAGGCUCGUUCAGCGGUGGAGGUCGGGGUCUGUGGGGGCAACCAGAGCCUGCCCUGUGCCCAGGCUGGCUCCAGCCUCUCUGGCUACAGGUUUGUCUUCAUGCUGGGGCAGCUCCUGCCUGGGAUGGGAGCCACACCGCUCUACACGCUCGGUGUCACCUAUUUAGAUGAAAAUGUCAAGACUAACUACUCCCCUGUGUACAUUGCUGUUUUCUACACUGCUGCAAUCCUUGGGCCUGCAGCGGGUUAUCUGGUAGGAGGAAUGUUUCUAAAUAUUUAUACUGAAAUUGGCAGAGAGGUUGACAUCACCCCGGAGAACACGCUGUGGGUGGGGGCCUGGUGGAUCGGCUUCCUUGGGGCUGGAGCAGCCUCCCUCCUCAUCUCCAUCCCCAUCCUGGGGUAUCCCCAGCGCCUCCCAGGAUCCCAGCGGUACAUCGUCAUGAGGGUCUCAGAGGCUCAUCAGAUAAAAGACGGGAGUCACAAAAAAGCAUCGGAUCCUGACUUUGGGAAAACAGUUAAAGACCUACCUCGAUCAGUACUGCUGCUUCUGAAGAACCCCACCUUCAUCUUCCUCUGCUUAGCGGGAGCAACUGAAGCCACCCUCAUUGCUGGGAUGUCCACAUUUGGGCCCAAGUUCCUGGAGUCUCAGUUCAGUUUAAGUGCCUCUGAGGCUGCUACCUUUUUUGGUUAUUUGGUCGUGCCAGCUGGAGGGGGAGGCACAUUCCUGGGAGGAUUCCUUGUGAAUAAAUUUAAACUCCGAUGUUCAGGAAUCAUCAAGUUGUGUUUACUUUGCACAGUGUCCAGCCUGCUGGCUAUAUUCAUUUUUUUUAUUCACUGCCCUAAUGUGCCGAUGGCAGGAGUGACCCAGAUGUAUGAGGGAAGUGCUUUGCCUGGUGGCCACCUAAACCUGACAGCAGCCUGCAACGCUGAGUGUGGCUGUCGCCAGGAGACCUACAGCCCUGUCUGUGGGAGAGAUGGCAUUAUGUAUUACUCCCCCUGCCAUGCUGGGUGCAAAAAAGUAUCUGAAAACCUCAAGAAUGGCAAGAAGGUCUAUCAUGAGUGUAGCUGUAUUGAGAAAACCUUCCUGCCUGGCCCCGGCAAUGCAGAGGCAGGGAAAUGCACCUCCUCAUGUGAGAAAAGGCCCCUGCUCCUGUUCUUCAUGUUUGUGGUGAUUCUCUUCACCUUCCUGAGCAGUAUUCCUGCCCUGACCGCCACUCUGCGGUGUGUCUCUGACAGGCAGAGGUCAUUUGCACUUGGGAUCCAGUGGAUCGUGGUACGAACACUAGGAGGCAUCCCUGGCCCCAUUGCCUUCGGGUCCAUGAUUGAUAAAUCCUGCCUGCUCUGGCAGGACCAGUGUGGUGAGCAAGGUUCAUGCUACGUCUACCAGAACUCAGCCAUGAGCCGCUAUACCCUCAUCGCUGGCCUGGUCUACAAGGUUCUUGGGACAACCUUCUUUGUAGUUGCCUGUUUACUCUACAAACCCCCACCAGCGGAGUCGGCUCCAGGCAGCUCAGAUGUGUCUGAAAAUGGCAACUGUGGCCUCCGGGAACACAAACCUUCACUGCCUGUUGAAGAGGAUGUAUAG